GGUUGCACCACAUUCUGUGAGCAGCAAAUUGGCAUUAUGACUUGUGGUUCCCUCUCUGGUGGAUCUAAAUGUUCGCAUUGAUGAAAUUUUUAUGCUGCUUCGGCGUGUCCACUCGACAUUCGCCUUCGAAACGUUCGAAUUUACUGACAUUGCGCGAACUAAUGGUUCAUCUUGGGAACAAGAGCGAAGCUGAAAACGCUGAGGUUCACCCGAAGUUGGAGCGUCUAAUAUCCGAUCUUCGUCAUAGUACUAUGAGUGAUCGGCCUCCGACUACAUCGCCUAACGUUGGCAACAAUGUGGCCUACCACGCCUCAUCAACGAGUCCCGCAAACAAUGCAGAUUCCAGUUCGUAUCGAUCGCAACCUGUCGGGAUUGAAGUGGCCACCGUGGUUCCUUCGCUGGAUGACAGCGCGGAGUUUCGUCGGAUGCUGAUCACAUUCUUGUCUACUUACUGCACAACUACCCAGUUGGAGCUGAUUGUUCAUCUUGACUGGAUAAAACACUGGUCUGAGGCUGUGCAGGCCGCGCGACUGGACCAUCCAUUGCAGCCUCCCCUUCCCGAAAUGAUUCCGCGUCCAUGCUCAGUCGCUGCCCCAGGCCGAUUACGGAUCGCUUCAUGGAAUGUGAAUCGGUUCUCUUUGGCCAAAGCCAAUCAUCCGGGGUUUCGUGAGAUUCUCUGUCUCAGUAUUCUUCGUGCCAACAUUUCCUUGCUGGUGCUACAAGAAGUGACCAACCUUGACGUUGCGAAUGUGAUAUGUUCCGAACUGAACUCUCCUUCCCUACCGCACGUCAAAAGAUGGCUGAACCGGUUCCCUCCCCCGUAUAUCCAUCGAUGGGACGCGGCGACAUCGAUACAAGCGACUGGGGCACUCUUUCGUGGCCGCGAAUUCGCCGUGUUCUUAUACAACACUAAUGCAGGCAUUGAGAUCGUUCGAACGAGUCUUUUGGAGCCAUCUGAAACUGCGCGCUCUUCCAAGCUGUUCUCGCGUAGCCCUUGCCCAUCACUUUGUAAGAUCCGUUCCUCCCGAGUCGUUCUGGUGUCCGUGCACCUCAAAGCCAGAGGACUACACGAUAACAUGAUCGACAAGACCGUUUCAGAAGUGAAAUGCUUGGAGAACCUGAUUCAAGCGUUUCACGAUACCCAGCCUGAAAACUCUCAUCUUAUCAUUCUUGGGGACUUCAACUUGAACCCACAACAUCCAGCGUUCGAUUCAUUACGCAAACGCGGCUUUUUCCCCGUCUUAAAUGGUAGUCAGUCAACAACCACGGGGAAAUCACCACAGCCAGUGGACAAUUCGGAAAAUGCUACUACCUUUUGUGUAACCUCAUACGACAACGCUUGGCUUUCUCCAACUCUUGCUGUAGUCAACCCUUCAGCAGACAUCCUCCUUGGAGCCAGUUAUACCGGUGACGCGGGUGUGAUCACAGAUGGACUCCGGCAUCCCCUAAUCCCCGAAGAGCUUGCAACUGGUAUCAAUGGUUCUCUCAGUGAUCAUUGCCCCAUUUGGUUUGACCUUCAAAUCCCUUGA